AUAUAGGCACAUAGCUACCAAGCUGGUAGCAAAUCAAAGGAGAGAGAAGUUGUAAGUGAAGGAAAGAUGAGGGUUAUAAUUCCAUGUAGAAACAAAUGCAGCUUGGUUCUUCCACUUGUCUGGCUUUCUGUUUAUACACUACUUUUGCAGUACACUGCUGCAAGAACUAACGUUGCAGCCAAUGAAGAUGCAGGUGGUGGGACCAAAGCUUAUAUUGUGUAUAUGGGAGAAAGGAAGCACAAGGAUGUGGAGCUAGUCACGAAAUCCCACCAUGAAAUGCUGGCCUCAGUUCUAGGAAGCAAAGAAGCAACUCUGGAUUCAAUGAUAUACAGUUACAGACAUGGCUUCUCUGGUUUUGCUGCCAAGAUGACUGACUCUCAGGCACGAUAUAUUGCGGAGUUACCGGGCGUGGUUCAAGUACUGCCCAACCGCUUAUACAAGAUGCACACGACGAGGAGUUGGGACUACCUCGGUCUCUCUCCUCAUUCCACCACGAAUCUUUUGCACGAUACCAACCAAGGCGAUGGUGCUAUAAUUGGCGUCUUCGACACAGGCGUGUGGCCAGAGUCAGAAUCUUUCAAUGACAAAGGCCUGGGCCCCAUCCCUGCUAAAUGGAAGGGCUUUUGCACAUCGGGAGACGCCUUCAAUCCGAAACAGCAUUGCAACAAAAAAAUUAUCGGGGCUCGCUACUUCAUCAACGGGUUUCUUGCUGCAUAUGGAGAAUUUAAUGCAACAGAAGCUAACGAGUUCAUCUCAACCAGAGACUCAGCAGGUCAUGGCACGCACUGUGCCAGCAUUGCAGGCGGUUCGUUUGUAAGAAAUGUGAGCUUCCAGGGCCUGGCUGGUGGCGUGGCUCGAGGGGGUGCACCGCGAGCACGGCUAGCCAUCUACAAGGUGGGCUGGAUUGGCGGUGCCGUUUCAUCUGUAGACAUUCUGAAAGCCUUUGAUGAGGCCAUCCAUGAUGGAGUUGAUGUUUUAUCGAUAUCCUUGGGCAUUGAUUUACCUCUGUAUCCUGAAAUAGACAAACUGGAUGUGAUUUAUUAUGGCUCGUUCCACGCGGUAGCACAUGGAAUAACAGUGGUAUGUUCGGCAGGAAACUCAGGUCCAGAAUAUCAAACAGUUGAGGAUGUAGCACCAUGGGUCAUAUCUGUCGCGGCUAGUACUAUUGAUAGGUCAUUUCCCACUCCUAUCGUCCUGGGAAACAAACAAGUUUUCACGGGUCAGGCAAUGUUUGAUGGCAAAGAUACCGGCUUCCUCAAAUUGGCCUACAUAGAGAGAGGAGACGUAGGUGGGGAGCGGUAUUGUGAAUACAUAACAGCAAAUGAUACGUGGGUAGCUGGAAAAGUGGUGCUCUGCUUCACUGUAGAAGGAAGUGAGGAUGAUAUAAUCAGAGCAGCAUCAACUGUCCAGGAAGCCGGUGCAUUGGGGCUUAUUGCAACCAAAAAAACCGUUGUCGCAUUGUCUCCAUAUUACAGUAGCUUCCCAUUAAUUUUAGUGACUUUUGACAUCGCUACACAGAUACUGAAUUACAUCCGUUUUACAAGGGAUCCUGUGGUCCGUCUGAAGCCGACAAAGACAUAUUUUGGCAACCAAGCCUCCACCUACAUAGCAUCGUUCUCAUCACGAGGCCCUAAUUCUCUUUCUCCAGCAGUUCUGAAGCCCGAGAUAGCAGCACCAGGAGUUGAUGUAUUAGCAGCGUACGUUCCGACCACAUUAAGUCCACAGGGAUACAGCUUUGACUCAGGAACGUCCAUGGCGGCCCCUCAUAUAGCAGGAAUUGCAGCUCUCCUCAAAUCCUUGCACCCACAUUGGUCUCUGGCUGCUAUAAAGUCAGCACUUGUCACAACAGCAUGGACGAUGGACCCUUACUCUGGAGAGCCCAUUUUUGCAAAGGGACAGAUACCAAAGCUGGCCGAUCCAUUCGACUACGGUGGUGGACUUGUCAACCCGAACGCAGCAAGAACUCCCGGCCUAGUGUACGACAUAGGAACUCAAGACUAUGUGAAUUAUCUCUGUGCUAUGGGUUAUAGUGAAACCGACAUCAAUCAGCUUACAGGACGGCCCAAAUCCUGUAAGAAAUCGAGCAACUCUGUACUAGACUUGAACCUUCCUUCAAUUACAGUUCCAAACCUUAAAGGGUCAGUUACUAUAAGAAAAACUGUCACAAAUGUUGGAGAUGAAAACUCAAAGUACGAAGCCGUUGUCGUCCCGCCUCUCGGCACUGUUGUGAAAGUGAAUCCUAAGCAUUUGCAGUUCAGUCCUGAGGUCAGGGAGAUGAGCUUCAAGGUCAAAAUAACCACACUGCACAACAUCACCACGGAGUACUACUUUGGAAGCUUGACUUGGAGUGACGGAAAGCAUGAAGUCAAGAUCCCUAUAUCUGUGAGAACUGAGUUUCCACAAGUUUAUGGUAAUUAGUAAGGGCAAGGAUGAAAUGAAUUGCAAAUCAGGUCCAAAUCACUGUCCUACUACUGCACUUCAUUUGCACAUGAGAUGAAUAUCUCUUGUUGUAUUCUUGAUCAAUAAACAUUAAAGACGAGGAGAUAUGAUGUUUCUUUAGAAAAUUGCAAUUUUGGUAUCA